AUGCCCGAACAGGGUCUCAGAAGCAAGGUUUUAGGCAUCGGAGAGGCCACCGUUUUUCAAUUCGCCAAACACGGAGCAGCCUCCUUGGCGAUCAGCGAUAUAAACUUGUCGUCGCUGGAGAAAGUUGGGCAACGGCUCAGGGACGAGCACCCACAGGUUGAGGUGGAGGUACUCUACAUCGAUACGAGUAAUGAGCAGUCCAUCAUCGAUGCUCAUGAAGCUACCAUCCAGCGAUUUGGCCGGAUCGACUAUGCGGUCAAUAACGCUGGAGUGGCAGGCCCAUUCCUGCCGUCGAUGGACACCUCUCGAGAACAAUUCAUGUUUGGGAUAGACAUCAACAUGGUUGGAGUGUGGCUUUGCCAGCGAGAACAAAUUAAACACAUGCUGAAGCAAGAAGGACUCACCCCGGGGCAUGUUAUCAUUUCGGCUGCUUCGCUGGUCAGAUUGGCCUGCCGGGGCACGAUCGUCAAUAUGUCAUCGAUCUAUGGCCACAAGUGUGCGAGAUCGAACAUAACAUACGGUACUGCAAAGCAUGCGGUGCUGGGAAUCACUCGAAAUGACGCGGUCAGCUAUGGCAAGGAGGGGAUACGCAUCAAUGCCGUCUGUCCAGGGUGA